UUACUAUAUUAGUAUCUGCGCGAAGACCAUUAUCCCCUCUCUGACUCUUCCCCCGGCUUUGUCAACCGUAAUCCAAUCGCUCAGUUUGUCUUACCGGCUCAACCUUCUCUCUCCUCAACCAUGCUCAGACAACAUCUCAUCGGCUUCCUCGCCCUCUUUGCCGUCUCGGCCCUGGGACAAUCCCUGAUUACCGUGCUCGAGGAGAACGGGUUCACUGAAUAUGCAGCGCUGAUCCAGGGAGAACCCCUUGUUGCGGCGUCGUCGGACCUCAUCAUCUACGCCCCGACCAAUGCCGCUCUGUUGGCCGACAACGGAACCCUCGCCCGCCGCGCUACGGACCGAGACCUGCAAAAGGCCAAGACCCAGUUCAACACGGUGAACCGCACUGCCCCCAAGCCCCGUCGGCCUCCCACCAACAAGCCGCCGCCGGCAGGAGGCAACGGGACAAGGCCCGUCCGGCACCGGGACGAGCUGGUUCCUUCUGGAUCCGCCUUCGUGACCUUGCUCGACGACCCGGAAUUCGCCAACCUCGGACCAGGCGUCAACCAGAGCAUUGUCGAGAAACGUGCCACCGCCUCCGAACUCCCCGUCGUGUUCUCCGGCCUGGGCGCAGCCGUCCAGGUCACAGGCAACGACAUCCCCUUUGACAACGGGAUCAUCCGUCCCGUCAACGGCCUCUUCACCCUCCCGGCCCGGGCCUCCGAGACCCUCCCCUUCCUGGGCGUCGAUAAUUUCCUCGCCGCACUCAACCAGACGGGCGUCCUGGCCGAGCUGGACGCGCGAACGGGCCCCAUCACCAUCCUCGCCCCGGACGACAAGGCCUUCACCUUCACUACUAGUACUACCAAUAGUACUGGUAGUAGUACCUUGACCCGCGACCAGCUCACCGCUCUCGUGAAGCAGCACGUCCUGGUCGACUACCUGGCCUACACGCCGCUGCUGCAGGACGGCGAUGUCUACCCCACCCUGGCCGGCGGGCAGGUGGCCGUGUCUGUCGACGGGAAGGGCGCCGUCUACCUGGAUGGGGCGCGCAUCUUGGCUGGGGAUGCUGUUAUUACGAAUGGGGCUGUGCAUACCAUUAGCAAGGUUCUCGGCGCACCGGCACCGCCAGCUCCCCCCGCCACCGGGGCCGCGAACUCGAUCAUUGGACAGUCGUGGAAGGCUUUGGUGGGCAGUGCCGUCGGUAUCAUGGUGGCUGUGGCUGCAGCAUUCUGAAUCUUCUGUGAGAAGACAAGUGGGAUGUGAUUCUUGAC